UACAAAUUUUUAUUUAUUUUUUGGUUAUUUUUCAAUAACUUGUCCCUCUCUAACUCCUCCACCUUACGAAACAGAGGAGGGAGAAAAACAAAAUGACACCGACGAUUCUUACUCCGACGACUCUUCCUCCGUCGACAGCUACAUGGCCAUGUACUACCACAUCUCAGAAGCUCAUCACCUUUAGAUCACCAUUCAAGCUCAAGUGUAGAGCCACUUCUUCUUCAUCAUCGUGUUCUAUCACAGACUUUGAUCUUUAUGACCUUUUAGGUGUUGAUCGGAGUUCUGAUACUGCUCAGAUCAAAUCAGCUUACCGUGCGCUGCAGAAACGUUGUCAUCCCGAUAUCGCAGGAGAUCCAGGUCAUGACAUGGCCAUCAUCCUUAACGAAGCUUACCAGCUUCUCUCUGAUCCGAUCGCACGCCACGCUUAUGACAAGGAGGAAGCAAAACUUGAAGAACUUAGAGGCUAUACAGGGAAACCGAUCUACUCGGUUUGGUGUGGUUCAGAAACUGAGCAACGAGCUACGUUUGUGGACGAGGUUAAGUGUGUUGGUUGCUUGAAGUGUGCUUUAUGUGCUGAGAAAACAUUUGCUAUCGAAACCGCUUAUGGGAGAGCGAGGGUUGUUGCUCAAUGGGCUGAUCCUGAAUCCAAAAUCAUAGAAGCCAUCGAAGCUUGUCCAGUAGACUGCAUUUCAAUAGUGGAGAGAUCUGACCUUGCUCCAUUGGAGUUUCUUAUGUCAAAACAACCACGAGGCAACGUGAGGAUUGGUGUUGGAAACACGGUUGGGGAACGUGUCUCCAAUGUAUUUGUUGAUGUCAAGAAGUUUCAGGAAAGAUACGCCAAAUCUAUGAGCAGAACCACAAAAGAGCGCACCCAGACAGAAGUAAGAAUAAGUGCAGUAGAGGCAAUUAGGUCUAUCUCCAAUUGGCUAUACUGGAGAUCAUCACCGUACACGAAACCAUUGAGUCCAGAUUCAAACAUGAGUCUAACUAUUACCAAACGAAAAAAAUCGGUUGAUCCAGAUAUCAGAAAGCUUCAAGAUGUUGUGGCAGCAAUGAAAAAAGCAGAACAGAGCGGCAAAAGCAAACCAAAAGAACCAGCUUACAUGCUUGGAGAAGAUUACUGGACUCCAUCAAACGUAGCACUUCCCUCAUCUGAAAACAACAACACUUCCAAGGCUAGCUCGAUUCCUCGAGUGAGUACUCAAAAGAAAACUCCAUUAGAAGAGAAACCAACUAGUAGAAGAGAAUAUAGAAGACAGUUCAGGAUACACAAGUUCCCACUUGGGACAGCCAUAGUAGCAGUAUUCUUGAUUAAAUAUCAAGAAAGUUACAAAGCCGCCUCUGAGCUCAACGAUCAUAUCGGUGGCUCCCUAGCUCUAUCCAUAGUUAACAGCCCAUGGCAACAGAUUUUAUUAGCAGGAGUUACAUGGUACUUCAUUGGAGCAAUGUUACUCCAACUUGUGGAAGCUGUCCAAUCCAAGCUAGAAGAUAAAGAUGCAUAGGCUUGAUAGAUAUAGUAAUGUACAGCAUAUCACUCAUUAGACCAUGUCAUGUACUUGUUCACCUACAAAUGUAACAGAACAGUAAUGAUUAUACUAUACAUGUUUAUUGAAGUAUGCCUGAAGAACA